CAUCGACCCCUCUGUUGGUACUCGCUCAUACAAUUUGUGCACAAUCUAGAACCGCACGUUGAACCAUCAUGAGUUCACCACCACUUCGUUCGAAUAUGUCUUCUGCAAAUCGGGGCGUAGGGCCUAGUAGCCGGAACACCAAACGUACUAGGGACGAUGAAGAUCUCCCUUCUUCUGCGGCGCAUCCGCCUUCGAGUCCAAUGGCCUCUUCUCCUCCCAUGUUACCCCAGGACGAUGAUGCAGACAUGCUUGACGACGACGAUUUAAUCCGCGAUGUUGACGAUCUGGACGAAGGCGCCGAAGAAGCUGAAGGAAUUGAUCUUUUCGCGGACGAUUUCGAGAACGACUACAGAGCCCGAGAAAACGACGCCUAUGAAGGCGAAGGUAUCGACGAUGAAGGGGAAUACGAUGAACUCAGUCCUGAACAGAGGAGAGAGCUGGAGCGCCGUCUCAAUGCUCGUGAUCGAGAAGCCAGGCGUCGCAUGCCUGCCGCUUUUUUGCCAGACGAUGAUGAUCAGGACGGUCUAGCUGACCUUAUGGGACGCCGCCGUGUACGGAGACAUCGAUAUGACGAGGAAGAUGACAUGGAUAUGGGCGACGACAUCAUGAACGAAGAAUUGUCGCUGGAGGCCCUUACCGAUGUGAAAGCCAAUACUUUGACCGACUGGGUUGCUCAGCCACAGGUCACCAGGACUAUCGCUCGCGAAUUCAAGUCAUUCUUGACAGAAUACACAGAUGAGCAUGGAACUUCGGUGUAUGGUACUCGCAUUCGAACGCUUGGUGAGGUCAACGCCGAGUCCCUGGAAGUCUCCUUCGACCACCUUGCCGAAUCGAAAGCUACGCUAGCUUACUGGCUUGCCAACACACCCACGGAGAUGCUGAAGAUUUUUGACCAGGUGGCUAUGGAAGUUGUACUUCUACACUACCCAGACUACGAACGUAUUCAUUCCGAGAUUCACGUCCGCAUCACCGACGUACCUGUUCAAUAUACACUUCGCCAGCUUCGCCAAUCGCAUUUGAACAGUCUAGUCCGCGUUAGUGGAGUCGUCACUCGCCGAAGUGGAGUUUUCCCUCAACUCAAGUACGUCAAGUUUGACUGCUUGAAGUGCGGCGUUACUCUGGGUCCGUUCCACCAGGAUUCAAAUGUCGAAGUCAAGAUCUCUUUCUGUCAAAACUGCCAAUCGCGUGGACCGUUUAGCGUCAACUCUGAGCGAACAGUCUACCGCAACUAUCAGAAACUCACAUUACAGGAGUCUCCAGGAACCGUUCCUGCUGGUCGUCUGCCCCGACACAGAGAGGUCAUUCUCCUCUGGGAUCUAAUUGAUUCCGCUAAGCCUGGUGAGGAGAUUGAGGUGACUGGUAUCUAUCGCAACAACUAUGAUGCAGCUCUUAACAACAAGAAUGGCUUUCCAGUGUUUGCCACUAUUCUGGAAGCUAACUACGUCGUCAAAUCUCAUGACCAGUUGGCUGGCUUCCGAUUGACCGAUGAAGACGAGCGCGAAAUCCGACGAUUAGCCAAGGAUCCCAAGAUUGUGGAUAAGAUCAUCAAUUCUAUUGCUCCGAGUAUCUACGGGCAUACGGAUAUCAAAACUGCCGUCGCACUGUCACUCUUUGGAGGUGUCAGCAAGGAGGCUCCAGGGCGACAUUCUAUUCGUGGAGAUAUCAAUGUCCUUCUUCUGGGAGACCCUGGUACUGCCAAAUCUCAGAUCUUGAAGUACGUCGAGAAGACUGCUCAUCGCGCUGUCUUUGCAACCGGUCAAGGUGCUUCCGCUGUUGGUCUCACAGCCUCCGUUCGCCGUGAUCCCAUGACGAGCGAAUGGACACUGGAAGGUGGCGCGCUGGUGUUAGCAGACAAGGGUACCUGUUUGAUUGAUGAGUUUGACAAGAUGAACGAUCAAGAUCGAACGUCCAUCCACGAAGCUAUGGAACAGCAAACCAUCUCCAUCUCGAAGGCGGGUAUCGUCACUACCCUCCAAGCCCGAUGUUCCAUCGUUGCAGCUGCUAAUCCCAUCGGCGGCCGCUACAAUUCGACUAUUCCGUUCUCCCAGAAUGUUGAACUCACCGAACCCAUUCUGUCCCGUUUCGAUAUUCUAUGCGUGGUCCGCGAUACUGUAGACCCGACUGAAGACGAACGACUGGCAAAGUUUGUUGUAGCUUCCCACGGACGAGCCCAUCCUCAUGUAAAUGCCUCCUAUGGAUACUCGGAUAAGUCAAAGGCGACUCAGGAUGGCGACGACGAAGAGAGUAUGGAAGUUGACAGUGGAAAUGCUCCAGUUAAAGACGGAGAGAUUCCACAAGAAUUACUGAGGAAAUACAUCUUGUAUGCAAGGGAGAAGUGCAGACCAAAGCUGUACCAGAUCGAUCAAGACAAGAUGGCCCGUCUCUUCGCUGAUAUGCGUCGAGAGUCUAUGGCGACUGGUGCCUACCCUAUCACCGUCCGUCAUCUUGAAGCCAUCAUGCGUAUCUCAGAGUCCUUCUGUAAGAUGCGCUUGUCUGAGUACUGCUCCUCUAUAGACGUUGAUCGCGCAAUUGCUGUGGCCGUCGAUUCAUUUGUCGGCUCGCAGAAGGUCAGCGCAAAGAAGGCUUUGGCAAGGUCGUUUGCCAAGUAUACGCUCAACAGGCCUGGUGCUGUUAAAGCUCCCACCCGAGGCGGUCGACAGGCUCAACGCGCAGCUGCUUGAUGGAUCGGAGGGAGGGAGGGAUUGAGUGGAUGAAGGUUUUGGUACGGAGUAACACGAUACUUUUCAAACAUGAUGGAUGAGGAUGCAAUGAUACCAGGUCAGGGAGCAUGUGUAAGCAGGAACUGUUUGAUGUCAUCUAGAUGGCGGGCGCUUGGAGUAUGUUGAGUACCGUGAUUCUAUUUGUACUGAACUGAUAUAUAUUCAAUCUAUACUAAAAUUUCCUCCUCAC